CAGCAGCGCCGGCUCCCUCCCGGUCCCCGCCUCGGCCCCGGGCUCCGAAGCGGCUCGGGGGCGCCCUGUCGGUCAGCGUCGUCGCCCACCCCCUGCCCAGCCCCCGCCCCCGGGGACCCAGGCUCGCCGGCGCGCAGCGGGGAGCCGGCCGGGACGCGCCAUGGGGGGCCCCUCCGCCCUGCCCCUGCUGCUGCUCCUGGCCUGCUGCGGGGCGCCCGGCGGGGCCAACCUCUCCCAGGACGGCUACUGGCAGGAGCAGGAUUUGGAGCUGGGAACUCUGGCUCCACUCGGCGAGGCCAUCAGCUCCACAGUCUGGAGCAGCUCUGACAUGCUGGCCAGUCAAGAUAGCCAGCCCUGGACAUCGGACGAGACAGUGGUGGCUGGUGGCACUGUGGUGCUCAAGUGCCAAGUGAAAGAUCAUGAGGACUCGUCUCUGCAGUGGUCUAACCCUGCCCAGCAGACUCUCUACUUUGGCGAGAAGAGAGCCCUUCGUGAUAAUCGGAUCCAGCUGGUUAGAUCCACACCCCAUGAGCUCAGCAUCAGCAUCAGCAACGUGGCCCUGGCGGAUGAGGGCGAGUACACCUGCUCCAUCUUCACCAUGCCCGUGAGGACCGCCAAGUCCCUCGUCACUGUGCUCGGAAUCCCACAGAAGCCCAUAAUUACUGGCUACAAGUCCUCAUUACGGGAAAAGGAGACAACCACCCUAAACUGUCAGUCUUCUGGAAGCAAACCUGCAGCCCAGCUCACCUGGCGGAAGGGCGACCAAGAGCUCCACGGAGAACCAACCCGCGUUCAGGAAGAUCCCAAUGGUAAAACCUUCACUGUGAGCAGCUCAGUGACAUUCCAGGUUUCCCGUGAGGAUGAUGGGGCUGACAUCGUAUGCUCUGUGAACCAUGAAUCUCUAAAGGGAGCUGACAGAUCCACCUCUCAACGCAUCGAAGUUCUAUACACACCGACGGCGAAGAUUAGGCCAGACCCCCCACACCCCCGCGAGGGCCAGAAACUGCUACUCCACUGUGAGGGCCGUGGCAAUCCCGUACCCCAGCAGUACCUGUGGGAGAAGGAGGGCAGUGUGCCCCCGCUAAAGAUGACCCAGGAGAGUGCCCUGAUCUUCCCCUUCCUCAACAAGAGCGACAGUGGGACGUAUGGUUGCACGGCCACCAGCAACAUGGGCAGCUACAAGGCCUACUACACGCUCAAUGUGAACGACCCCAGCCCGGUACCCUCGUCCUCCAGCACAUACCACGCCGUCAUUGGUGGGAUCGUGGCAUUCAUCGUCUUCCUGCUGCUCAUCCUGCUCAUCUUCCUCGGCCACUACUUGAUCCGGCACAAAGGAACCUACCUGACACAUGAGGCCAAAGGCUCGGACGACGCCCCGGACGCAGACACGGCCAUCAUCAAUGCAGAAGGCGGGCAGUCGGGCGGGGACGACAAGAAGGAGUAUUUCAUCUAGAGGCGCCCAGCCACCUCCUGCGCCCCCCAGGGGCCCCACGGGGACUGCUGGGGCCAUCACCAACCUGGACUUGUACAGAGCGACCCCAGGGCCGCCCCUCCCGCUUGCUCCCCAGCCCUCCCCACCCCCCUGUACAGAAUGUCUGCUUUGGGUGCGGUUUUGUACUCGGUUUGGAAUGGGGAGGGAGGAGGGCGGGGGGGAGGGAGGGUUGCCCUCAGCCCUUUCCGUGGC